UUAUCUUUUGGCCAGCGAUAAACGAACACGUGCUCCGGCGCUGGAUGAGAAUUGAAGAAGUCACAUUCGAAACACUCAGAAGACGCUGCAAUAAGACAGUGGAAAAAAUAUCGCCGAUUUUAGCUAUUAUUUUGACCAUAUUAUGUCGGACGCCCAGGUUGCAAUAGUGACAGGCGGGGCCCAAGGUCUCGGAGCGGCCAUUUGCAUAGAAUUACUGAAACAAGGUUAUAAGGUGUGCGUUGCUGACAUCCAAGAAUACAAAGGGAAUCAUUUUGUCAAUCAGCAGCAAGAAGAGUUUGGUUCCGACAACGUCAUAUUUUCCGCCUGUGAUGUAACCAAAGAAUCUGAUUAUAUAAAUACUUUUGAAUUGACGUUAAAAACAUUUCACAGAGUAGACGUGCUGAUAAACAAUGCUGGAAUCGUAUUAGAACAAGAUUCACAUACACUUCUUAGUGUAAACUUGUUGGGCCCGAUGAUCGGUUGUCAGACAGCUAUCAAGUACAUGGGCAAGAGUAGAGGAGGUAAAGGUGGAAUGGUUAUUAAUAUGUCUUCAGUUUUAGGUUUCUUGCCAUAUUCUGCAGCACCAGCUUAUGUAGCAUCAAAGCAUGGUUUGAUUGGAUUAACAAGAAGUUAUGGACUCCCUUAUCACUUGGAUAAAGAAGGCAUCAUAUUUACAGCUCUUUGUCCAUCAUUUACUGAUACAGAUAUUCUGAAGAACGCAGGCACAAACCUUUUGGUCCAAGGUGUGGAUCAUUCGAAACGAGAAGGAGUUAUGAGCCCCGAAGAUGUUGCCAAAGGUGUAUUACAGCUUUUGGAAGAUAGAAUUAAUGGCUCUACUCUACUGGUUUCGAAAAAUCUUGGAACGAGAUAUAUUGGUUUUCAAGAAAUAUUUCAAAAUGUCCCUCUAGAGUGACGAGUAUCCAUAACAAGCUAUGAAAAAAAAAAUAAUAAUAAUAAUUCAUCUGAAAAGGCAAAAGGCCAGAAAAAUCACAUUUCAUUUACGGGUGAUCUUCUUACUGGAAUUUUAAAUAAAAGAA